AUGACUCACCUCUUCUCUUCUCUCACCCUUUACCUGUAUCUUCUCAUUCUCUCCCUUAUCCCUUCCAAUACAACUAAAAUUAUCCAUUAUCUCAUGCCUCUUCUCUUCUUUCACUUUUUGCCAGCCUGUUUAUCUGUAUCUACUUACUAUCCUCUUGAUCCCUUAUAUUCCCUUGAUCCUUUCUAUCCACUUGAUCCUUUUUAUCCCCUUGAUCCUUUUUAUCCCCUUGAUCCUUACUAUCCAUUUGAUCCUUUCUACCCCUAUGAUCCUUAUUAUCCUUUUGAUCCUUUCUCUCCUUUUGAUCCUUUAUAUCCUUUCUAUCCCUAUGAUCCAUUUUAUCCCCUUGAUCCUUACCAUCCUUUUCAUCCUUUGUCUCCUUUUGAUCCUUUCUACCCCUAUGAUCCUUAUUAUCCUUUUGAUCCUUUCUAUCCACUUGAUCCCUUAUAUCUAUCUCCUCAAUUAUAUUCCCUUGAUCCUUUCUAUCCUCUUGAUACUUUAUAG